CGGGCCAUAGGGUGCGGAAGGGGAAGGGCUUCCGGGUGGUGAGCCCAGAAGCAGGAAGAAAGGAGGCCGGAGCGGUGUCUACUGCCGCUGGAAUGGAGGGGCCUGAGCGGAGGCGGCAGCGGCAGCGGCAGCGGCGGAGCCGGACGAAGAAAAGGGCGGAACGGAGCCCGCGCGGGAGCCGCUCGCCCCCGGGAAGCGCGGGGACCUCCAGGUCAGAGUCAAAAAGGGAAAACAAGUCCUCAAACAAAAGAAGCAAAUCUCCCCGAGAGAAAAGAAGCCGAAGUCCGCAUCAUGUGAUAGCUAAAGUAAAGCAGGAGCGAGAGGAGCACUCUCAGAGGGGACAUGAGGAACGUCAGUAUCGAGACCACUCUGAGCUGGAUCGUAGGUGGGAAAGUAGCGGUGACCGAGACAGACACCGGGACCAUUCAGGCCGAAGGAAGUCCAGUAGAGGUCGGCCUGCGAGCUAUGAAAGGGAAAGGGACGCUCAUCACCUCCACAAUCAGCAGGCGCAGAGGGAAUUCUAUAAUGAACAACGGCGUGAGCACCGUGAGCAGAUAGAAGCAAGUGGCGAUGAGGAGAAUCGAGGGGCAGGGGGCCCCAACAGCAUCAGUGCCAACAAAGAGCCAGGUAAUAAAGAGAAGCCAAGCUUUGAACUGUCUGGUGCACUUUUGGAGGAUUCCAAUACUUUCCGUGGUGUCGUGAUCAAAUAUAGUAAGCCCCCAGAAGCACGGAUCCCAAAGAAGCGGUGGCGUCUUUAUCCUUUUAAGAACGAUGAGGUUCUCCCUGUCAUGUACAUUCACAGGCAGAGUGCCUACCUGCUGGGCAGGCACCGACGCAUUGCUGAUAUCCCUAUCGACCAUCCCUCUUGCUCCAAACAACAUGCUGUCUUUCAGUACCGGCUUGUGGAAUACACCCGCCCUGAUGGCACCAUUGGCCGGAAGGUAAAGCCCUACAUUAUUGACCUUGGCUCAGGCAAUGGCACGUUUCUGAAUAAUCAGCGCAUUGAGCCUCAGCGUUACUAUGAACUGAAAGAGAAGGAUGUGCUGAAAUUUGGGUUCAGCAGCAGAGAGUAUGUUCUCCUCCAUGAGUCAUCAGAUACCUCAUAAUAAUAAUAAUAAUAAUAAUAAUAUUUAAUUUGUUUGUCGCCUAUCUGGCAAAUAGCCACUCUAGGCGACUGUGAUGUUCCUGUAUUAGUGUAAAUAGGGUAAGUGCUGUUUGUUUAGAAGAUAUGUGGUAAGUAGAAUGGAAGAGGAGGGGGGAGUGAAUGGGCAGUAGAAUGCUGGAUGAUUGGCUGAAUGUUUAAAAUGGCUGACAGUAUAAAAGGAAGAAAGUCAGGUAAAUCUGGGUGGAUGUGGUAUGGACGUGUGUGGACGUUGGUGGACGUUGGUGGACUUGAGAGGGUUGUUUUGGUGGGUUUUGAGAGGAGAGGGUGGAGUUCGGAUUAAUACUAAGACCAGUACCUCAGGAAUAGAUGUAACCAUAUGCUUAAGUGCCUUUUAAAGAAAUCUUGUU